AGCCUUUUUAGGAUUCUAGGGCUUUCCCUUCAUUGGUCGGAUCGGACGACGUUUACAUCUUCUUCCUCUUUUACUUCAUCUUCUUCCUCCUCCUCUUCGCAUUCAUCAGUGUGUUUUUGGGGUGAAAUUGAGAAACAGUGAGAGAGAAAAAAUGAGCGGAGCUGGUAAGAAAAUCGCCGAUGUCGCUUUCAAAGCUUCGAGGACUAUAGAUUGGGACGGGAUGGCUAAGGUCCUUGUCACCGAUGAGGCUCGCAGAGAGUUCUCUAACCUCCGUCGUGCUUUCGAUGAGGUUAACACGCAGCUACAGACCAAGUUCAGUCAGGAACCUGAACCCAUUGAUUGGGAUUUCUACAGAAAGGGCAUUGGGUCUGGCAUAGUGGACAUGUACAAGGAAGCUUAUGACAGCGUUGAAAUUCCCAAGUUCGUGGACACUGUUACCCCUGAAUACAAGCCAAAGUUUGAUGCUUUGUUGGUGGAACUGAAAGAAGCAGAACAGAAAUCGCUCAAGGAAUCUGAACGGCUGGAGAAAGAAAUUGCUGAUGUCCAAGAGAUAAGCAAAAAGCUGAGCACCAUGACUGCAGAUGAGUACUUUGAGAAGCACCCAGAGCUCAAAAAGAAGUUUGAUGACGAAAUCCGUAACGACUACUGGGGAUACUGAUCAAUGUUUUCUGUGUAUCUCCGGCAUGGAAAAAAGAAACUUUCCUUCUCUUUCUCUUUUACUGUGAUUUUGUGAGCCAAUCAUAACAAUAAUAAGUACACCAUUCACUUAAGCAGUGUUGAGAUCUUCAUUGGAGACCCAAUGAGACAAUGACGAUAAAAACCCUUUUGGAUUUAGUUAUCAAUUUCAUAAAUUGUUUCGUUUUUCGUUCUAAAAGGAAUAAUAAGAGUGAUUACAUCUCUUGUUCAUUA